UUACGCCCGCUACCUGCGCAGGACAUACCUGUCUGGGUGGUCCCUUUAAAAGGACCCGCCCGGAAGCAUACAUCACCAUUGACUCCCGAGACGUCACACAUACUAGACCAUCGCAAAAUGAGCCACAAGUCGGAGAAAAGACGAUCCGGAUCGGAGAAGCUGCACAAGGUGAAAACCUACGAUUCAAUGAAGAAACAAAAGAAACGGGCCCUAAAAAAGCUUCGCCGGAAAGAAGCUGGACCAAACUUCAGCUACCAGCUCUUCCUAUACCGCCAGGAACUGCGUCGAUCCCACUCGGACUUCUCCUACCUCCGCCUCUCGAAAGCCAAGAUCAAUCUCACCUCGGAACUGAUUGCCAGGCAUCUCGUGUCCGGAAAACCACUGAGAACCGUGGAAGAACUAAAGGAACUCAGUCGGGAGGUGCAGUUCAAAAAGCGCCUCGCCCACCAGGUGGAGCGUCUUCAGCAAUUCCGCCAGCUGGGACUCACCGAGAUGAUCCUCAAUGGCAAACGGACGACUCUAUAAUCGGAUCGGAUAACGUGGGAGGGACUACAGGGCGCAUUAGACUUAGAGCCGGGCAUUACCUUAAGUUAGUUUCUAGAACUUAGACUGUAAUAUUUUAUCAAAUAAAAUAUCGCAUCAAAAUUUAAA